AUGGAUCUGGUCGGCUCAGAACAUCCAGAGCGUCGACCGCUUUUGGCGACGCCUCUCCAUGCAGCCACCAGUUCGCCUUGGUUGUACCCGACGACUGAAACGACGGUGAAGAUUGAUAUUGUCGCGCAGCUUUUCACAUUCUGCAUGGAGGACCCGGCACAUCCAAAGGGCUGCGCAAGAGCUCUCUGCGGCUGCCUUCACCUAUUGGACGGGGGAGGCAAAGACGACCGCUUUGCGCUAUUCGAACGCUACUUCAGGCCCAACGACGAGCACUACGAGCAUCUCCGCAAGACAUGCCCCGAGUAUCUGAGUGCGUGCGCUGCCUUUGUGAGCCGCCCACGCUCGACUCAGGAUGAAGAGGAACUCGAGGCCACCUUGCAGAAUUGCUCGUGCUCAGCUCUGGGUACAUCGGGUCGCAACCAGAGGGCGAUGCUGGGCUGGCUGCAUACCUUUGAGGUCGCUCAUAAGUUCACCCUUGACAAUUUCACUCAAGCACUCGUCCGCCACUUGGCCGGCAUACUCAAUAAUGCAGUCGAAACAAAGACCGUUGGCUGUAUCUCUGCGAAGAGCGGCCUCAAACGGCACCGCAAAAAGCACACCGGAAGGCCUCUGUGGCCCGGCGAUCCUAGCCAGCUUAUUCCCCAUGGCCUGGAGCAGUCGAUGAAAGGCUACACCGAUUCCUUCCGCCGGUGUACAAUCGACAGAUUUCAAGACGGCCUUUCGCUCGUCGGCGAUCUUCUUGCUAUCUGCGGUCGAUCCAUAUUUCCUCACCUGCUCCAUUAUCUCCCUGAGAUGCCGAUUAAAGUCACUGGCCUCAUCACUGGUGUGUGUCAUGAGCGCAAGGCAACACUGGGAGCACCUGUUGCCUUUGAAGUAGAACGCAGCUGGGCGUGUACUCUCCUCAUUGUCAUGGACUUUUGCAGAACCAUCAUGGACCUUGGGGAAUGGAACCCAGCCGAGAUCGAGCUGUUCGUUCGCGUGGCUGCACCGUACAAGGGCUCGAUGAAGAGCCUCGGCCUCCUCUUCAUGUGCGACACCAUUCUCAAGCACCUGGCGCUCUUCCGAGAGGGUACCACUCUCUUUCCCGAAGACCAAUUCACCGACCUUGCUGUCUUCUUCGCUCGCUUCGGCGCGAUGUUCUACCCUCACAGAUCACCUGACGACACCACCGUCUUCCACAAAUCCAUCCUCUACCUACGCGCGAAAGUCACCGACAGCUCCUCGGACCCUGUCGAAUCCGUUUGGCAGGGCCUUUCCUGGCUUUCCAAGAUACGUCGCUGCUGCGCGCCGGGAUGCCUCGAGACGUUUGCCUCCGCACAGCGAACGUUCGCUCGAUGCGCCGGCUGCGGCGUCCCGCGCUACUGCUCGCGCGAGUGCCAGAAACGCGCCUGGAAGCACACAGCGUUCCCGCACAAGGACGUGUGUGCAAAGCUGCGCGCUUUCAGGGAGAGGACGAACCUAGGGCUGAAAGACCGCGUUCUGACUGAAAGCGACCACCAGCCAUUCGUCGACGCAUGCAGGGCAGACGAAGAGCUCCCUGCGCUGGCUGAGGAGUGCGAGAAGCAUUUGUGGGAUAUGACGAAGGCGCGUGAUGACUCUGUACCGGAGGGGUUUGGGGUGUUCCAGGCAGAGCUAGCAGCCGCAGGCGAUUCACUCACUACGUAG